UCUUGUUUUUCCAGUUUUCAGGAUUAAGUUGGGUUCACUUCGGGAAACACGGCAUUCCAAAAACAGGAACGCAAAUACAGUACAGUAUUCUAUCGAGAAACUUAUAUUUACACCGCUUUUCCGCGAUGAGUGCGUUCCUCGUGAGACUAGACUUCGGUCUUCGUGACCUUUCUUACAUGGAAUUGGGAAGGAAUAGUGCACCCGGCGAUUUUUCAAAGGAAUGUGAGAAAGAUUCGAGGAAGAGAACCGUUGAAUUUUAUAUUGAACAGCGGGGAGGAGAGGUUUUAGACGAGGAAAGGUCGCGGCUUCGGGUACAUGUCCACAAAUUGGAAGAUGGGGUGAAAAUUGGAGUUGCUUGUAGAAAGGAGUUUCUUCUGCACGUGAUUUGCUCCAUCGGCGAGGAUCCGAGCGGAGCCUUUGUAAUGACCACAAUGAAUCCAAUAUUCAUGGAUCAUUUCAACUUGUUCCUUUGCCUAAAUGAUAUAUAUUUGAAUAUUCAUGAUCCGAGGACCAAGCAUAUUUUGAAACAUGGAGACAUCAUUGAUGGCGGAAGCUUUUUUGGCCCUUGCUUCAAGGUCAUGUUCCUCCUGCGUGACAAAUGCGACAUGAGAGAGCCACAGACUUCACUCUUGCUGUUGUGUCCCUGGUUGGUUCUGGAGAAUAUUAUGAAGUUUCUGAGUCCAUUGGAAAUGAUGGAGAAGGUUGUUCCAGUUUGUCGGAAGCUGUUCGACCUAAUGAGACGUGGCAAAAUUUGGAAACAUCUCGAGUUCCGUGUUUACCAUGAUGGAAACCCAGGAAUGCCAUUUGGGCACCUGGAUGACUUCUGCAAGGUUGUUUCUGGAUAUGCGAAGAAGCUUUCAGUGGAUCUCACCUGUAAUGAGAAAUCGAGACUUCCCAUGUCAGACAAUUGUUUGUGUCUGCUCUUCAAACAUUAUGAAUGGAGUACAUUGAAGAUACUGGAUAUUUUUUGCGUGCACAACGAAGAAGCAUGGGUUGAAUUCCUGCUCCACGAAGGAAAAACGCUCACGCAGCUGGAGACGCUGACGUUGCGUGGUAUGGAUCUCGGGGAUUUGCUAAUGCGUGUUGCUCAUGAACGUGGAAACAUUACGUUUCCGAGGUGUAAGGAAGUUACUCUGCGAUGUUCAAUGAAGCGUGUCUACGCCGUGAACCUGAGAAAGAUGUUUCCCAGAUUGGAGAAACUGCAUUUUUACCAUGCUGAUGUCAGCUGUUUAUUGGUUUCUAUGUUGAAAAAUAUACCUCUUGGAAUGUCAAGCCUGGAGCGAUUUCCCGAUUCACUCGGCUCUGGUUUGCUUUCGAGUCUCCAUAUCUACCAGUUGCCGAUACAAUUGGAUGCUGAAGGUUGGCGACUUGCUCACAGGAUGGGGAUUUUCACAAACCUUCAAUCGCUGAGCAUGAGUGCAGAUCUGUUUGAUAGAAUGUCUGCUGCUGAGACAACCAUCUUUUUCCCAAAGCACAAAGCUGUUGUGAAAAAUCCCGGGAAAGUCUUUGAAGAGCUCAGUGGCUGCCCCAAACUUGAAGGAUUCAUUCUAAGUGUGACGAGUGAUCUUCCAUUGGAACCCCUGCGCCAAAUGUCUCAGCAAUUGAAAUUCAUUGCAUUUCCUGGAACCACACUCCGCAAUGCAUGGUCCGCCUUGGGCUUUCUUUCUCAUUGUCGGAAUUCGCUGGAGGAUUUGUGGAUUCAAGUGUCCAACCCCAAGGAGAUAAAACAGAUCCUUCGAGCCUUGAAGGCAUUCAAGAAACUCAAGAAUGCCGUGUUGGUGUUGACCAAGCAGUUUGAGUUUAACAACAGUGUCCUGCCUGAACAAGAGUGCUUCGUGAAGACAAUGCAAGAGUGCUUUAGUCCAGGGUGUACGUUGAAGCAAGUGACUCUCCUUGCUGAAUUGGAACAGGGCUUAGGUAACUUCGUUGGAACUUACGGCACAGAAAGGGGAAGGCUUGUGGCAUUCUUACCCACUUUAAUCACGAGAUUUUGUUCCGAAUGGCUCAAUCAUGUUCCGAAAGACACAGCGAUGGUGUGUGAAAGUGGUGCCAAUACUCUCGAGGCGAAAGCGAAUUUACUACAAGCGAUGCGUGCUUUUCUGGUGAAAUUGAACUUUGGUCUGCGAGAUCUUUCCUAUAUCGAAUUGGGGGAAUGCGAAUCCAUGCAAGCUGGUGUGCAUCAUCAUCCAGGAGGAAUUAGAAAGCGAAGUACGACUGAAUUUUACGUGGAACGGUUCGAUGUGACUGAGUAUGAAGAAAAGUUGGCAUGCACAUCAUGCAUUCCAAUGCAUGUACACAAACUGGAGGAUGGGGUUAAACUUGGAGCACCUUGUUCAAGACAACAUUACUUGCAGAAGGUAUUUUCCAUAGAAGAAGAACUCAGCAAUAGUAAAUUCGUGUUGAAAACGAAUGAAAAAUUCGACUCCCAGUUCGACGACGUUCUGGAAGUACAAAUCAACCGUGGAGUAUUCUCGCUUCAUCAGAAGGGAUCCAUGUUUCGAUUGAACCAUGGAGAUGUCAUUGAGUUCUUUUUCCAAUGCAUUCCGUAUUUCAGGGUCAUGUUUCUGUUGGCCAAUGAGUGUUCGGAGCAAGUACCACAAACUUCAGCACUGCUGUCAUGUCCUUGGCCUGUUCUGCAGAACAUUUUCCAGUUUUUGACUCCCUGUGAAACCAUGGAGAACCUCAUUCCGGUGUGUCAGCAAUUUUUUCAACUAAUGAGGAGUGGUGCAAUUUGGACUUAUCUCAAGUUCAAUGUUCAUCCUGAACAAGAAUACGUUCCAUACGGUCACCUGGGUGAUUUCUGCGGGGUGAUUGCUCGAUUGAAGAGGUUGCACGUGAUUGAUAUUUGGAAGAGCUCCUAUCGCGAAAUAAGGCCGAAUAUCCUGACGUUUCUCGACUUCCUUGGCUCUGGUGAGCUGCGAAGACUGCAUGCCACAGCCUUGCCCCUAAAGUUGAGCAUCGAUGAUUGGCUUCUAGCUCAAAGAAGGAGGACUUUCGCAGACCUAGAAUCGCUAACCUUGCGUGGUGGCGAGUUUCAGAGGAUGCCAUUGGCUGGCAUUAUGCGCGAUGUUUUCCCGAAGCUGAAAUCCAUCUGGUUCCAAAAUGUACGAGUGUCACCGACGAAUGCAAUUGACCAUAUACUGGAGAUGCCAAGUUUGGAGAAACUUUGGUUCAGAAAUGUUCGCUCAGAGUUACGUCCUGAACCAAUUCCGCUCUAUUUCUUCGACCGAAGACCGAAGGGAUGGCUUGAAAACAUAAAACUUAUUUCUGCUGAUACGUGGGAAAGAUAUAUCCCGUAUUCCAGAAUGAUCAACUUGGAAUUCGUGGCGUUCUUUUUGCGAGACAAGACGACUGGGGUCACGGACACAGACGUUUAUGGAGCACGUCCUCGAUCCCUGGAGAAAAUUUUUGAGGAACUUCGCAACUGUUCGAAGCUCAAAGGACUAAUUCUACGCAUACCGGAUGGUUUUCGGUGCACCGUUCUUAACGAACUGUCCCAAAAAUUGGAAUUCGCUGCUAUUUCGGCAGCUGACAUCAAUAAAGUGAAAUCUGUGCUUGAAUGCCUUCACUCCGAUCAAACGCGUCUCGAAGAAGUGUGGAUUCGAGUGUUCAGUAGAUCGGAAUUUGCAUUUGAGGAAAUCAUCGCGUUUUUGAUGAGAUUCAAGCGUCUCAGAAAAGUCGUGUUCGUGUACACGCCUCGUCCCUCUCCCGAUGUAAGGGGCUUCGACGUUGAUGACUACUCUGAUGGCGACUCACCGGAUGAUGACGACGACGACAGCAAUUUCAGAAGGAUUCAAGACCAGUGUUUGAAUGAUUAUAAAAGGGUGCUGCGGGGUUUUGCGGAUAGUGGGUGUCGCUGGGAACAAGCUACUUUCCUGUAUGAUGAUCCUAUAGAGAGGGAAUCUUUUACCUACAGUUUCAAACUGCGAAGGCAAACGGAAUUCACGUCAUUUGCUGUCACGAAAUUCUUCUCUGACUGGUUCGAGUAUGUUUCGGAUGGAAAAGAACCUUCUGAGUUCAGGGCAGCUGACUUGAUUUCAGCUCUUUUUCCCGAGCAAACGGAAUAAUAUGCGCGGGUACUGUAUCAUAUUAUGCGUUUCCUCAGUUGGAAAUUAUCGUGGAACUUCUUUCAAUGCAUUAUUGA